AUGUCUGAAGAACCACUAUCACAAUCUUCAUCAUCUUCAUCAUUUGUUCCUAUACCAUUACAAGAUGCAAUUCAAGUAAUUGAUGAGUAUAAACAUUUCAAUGAUGAAAUUUUAGAUUAUGUUAAUAAAACUUCAACCUACGGUCAUAAUUAUCAUAUAGUGGCCGUAUUUGGUUCACAAUCAACUGGUAAAUCAACUUUAUUAAAUAAAUUGUUUAAUACCAAUUUCGAUGUUAUGAAUGAAUCAAAUAGACAACAAACCACCAAAGGAAUUUGGUUAGCUCAUUCGCCAGCAAUAUCAUCAACAUCAGGACAAUUCUCAAAUAAAUCAAAUAUUUUAGUUAUGGAUGUUGAAGGUACAGAUGGAAGAGAAAGAGGAGAAGAUCAAGAUUUUGAAAGAAAAGCAGCAUUAUUUGCAUUAUCAACUUCAGAAGUUUUAAUAUUAAAUAUUUGGGAACAUCAAAUUGGUUUAUAUCAAGGUGCAAAUAUGGGAUUAUUAAAAACUGUAUUUGAAGUUAACAUAACAUUAUUUGGUAAAAGUAAAUUAGAAAAAAAAAAUGAUCAUAGAGUAUUAUUGUUGGUUGUUAUUAGAGAUCAUGUUGGAAAUACACCAGUUGAAAGUUUAGCAAGUACUAUAACUCAAGAUUUGAAAAAAAUGUGGGAUUCUUUGUCAAAACCAAGUGAAUUUGAACAUUUAAAAUUUGAAGAUUUUUUUGAUCUCGAUUUCCAUGCAUUAAAUCAUAAGAUAUUACAACCAGAACAGUUUAUUACAGGAAUUAAUAAAUUAGGUGAUAGAUUAUUAAAAGAAAAUGAUUUAUUUAAACCAGAAUAUCAUCAUAAUAUCCCAAUUGAUGGCUGGACAUUAUAUGCUGAAAAAUGUUGGGAACAAAUUGAAAAUAACAAAGAUUUAGAUUUACCAACUCAACAAAUUUUAGUAGCUCAAUUCAAAUGUGAUGAAAUUGUUGAAAUAGUAUAUCAAGAAUUUUUAAGUAAAUUUAAUGAACACUUCAAAUUAACACAAGAGAAUCCAAAUUUUGAAAAUUUAGGUUUAUUGUUUAAUGACUUGAAAAAUGAAGUAUUAGAAGAUUAUGAUCAAUUAGCUGCCAAAUAUAAUCAAUCCGUUUAUGAACUGAAGAGACUUAAAUUAGAAUCGUUGGUCAAUACAAAAUUUAAAGAAGUAUUUGACUUAUAUUCAAGACAAUUAAUUCAAAAUUCAACUUCAUCAUUUGAAAAUGAUUUAAUAGCAUUAAAAGGUCAAAAUUUUGUAGAACAAUCACAAAAAUUAUCAACAAGCAUUAUUACAUUAGUUGCAUUAAAUUUGGGAUUAAUUUCUUUGAAUGGUUCAAUUGAUCAUAAGGAUUUAAUUUCAAAUUUUGAAAAAGAUAUUGCAGGUACAAUACUAAAACAGCAAAAAAUUGAAUUAGAUAAUAUUAUAAAUAAGUCUGUUAAAAAAUUAAAUACAAAUUUAACAAAAUUCAUGCAAUUAGAAAUAAAUGAUCCAAAUGAAAAAACUUGGGAUAAUAUCUUGAAUAAAUUUAAAGAAUUAAUUAAUGAUAUCAGUUUAAAAUAUCCAAACAACGAUUUUAAUCUAAAUACAUCAGACGAGCAAAAUGAAGAAGCGAUUAAAAAAUUUAAAUUUAAAUCAUGGAACAAUUUUCAUGAAAUCAUACAUAAAUUAAUUUUUAAAGAAAAAGUUUUAGAAUUAUUAAUUAAUAAAUUUGAUGAUAAAUUUAGAUAUGAUCAAAAUGGAUUACCAAAAUUAUAUCAAAAUACAACUGAAUUAGAAACAAAUUUUGCUAUAGCUAAAGAACAUUCAUUAAACAUUUUACCAAUUUUAACAAUUGCAAAAUUAAGUGAUGAUUCAGAAAUAAUUCCAGAUUAUAAUAUUUUUGAUAAAAAUUUAAGAAUUAAAUAUGGAUUAAAGAUUGAAGAUGAAGAUGAAUAUGAAGAUGAUGAUGAAUUAAAAGAAGAAGAAGCAGAAACAAAUGCAUUUGCUAAUAUAAUAAAUGAAACUGAAAAAUCUCAAAUAUUUCAAAAAUUUAAAAAGGAAAUUGAUGCAAAAUUUAUGGAAACUAAAAGAUCAAUUGUUCAACAUAUUACUUCAAUACCAUAUUAUAUAUAUAUAAUUAUAAUAAUUUUAGGAUGGAAUGAAUUUAUGGCAAUAAUCAGAAAUCCUUUUACAUUUGCAUUAUCAAUAUUAAUAUUAGCAUCAAUUUAUAUAUUAUAUUCAAUGAAUUUAUUAAAACCAGCAAUUACAAUAACAACAAGAUUAAUUGAUGAAAUAAUUGUUGCAGGUAAAACAAAAUUAAAAGAAGUAUUAAUUGAUGAUUUUGAUAUACAAGCAAGAAAUUUAUCAAAAAUUAGUGGACAAUCUAAACAACCGAUAGAAGAAGAAGGAGUUGAAAAUAUUGAAUUAGAAGAUUUCAAUAAACCAAAAGUUCUUGUUGAAGAUAUUAAUGACGAAUAA